UCUGUGCUGGUGCCUGUGUCUGAUAUUCUCUCUCUCUCUCUCUCACACACACACACACGUACUCCACAGUGGGAUCCACACUCUGGGGCCCCCAGGGGACUCUGGGGAAGAGACCAACCCGUUUCUCCAGCGAGCUGAUCAACCUGGGGAGGGUGCGCGGCUGUGAGGCGGAGGAGAGCCCGGAAGACGAGGAAGAGGCAGAAGACGACGAGGAGAUGGAGGAGGAAUUGAGCUCGUGGCUGGCUCUGCUGGACAAGGAGAGGGAGCUGAACCCGGCCUUGGACAAGGCCUGGUCUCAGGCUUGGCUGGAGUGGGCCCGGAUGAAGGAAGGGGGCAGCCGAGCCCCGGGGGGCCUGAGGGACGAGCUGGUGGUGGCUGUGGUGUGCUACGCCCUGGAAUACCCACCCCCUCCCUCAGGACCCCUCUACCUGGUCUUUAACCAGGCCUCCAGGCACUGCCUGGGGCCUGAGGAAUCCCAGGAGGCAUGCGAGCGGUUCCGAGGCCUACACCAGCUCCUAGGCCUGGCGCUGAGGGGCCUAAGGAGGGCGGAGAGGGCCCAGGGCAGGGAGGGAGAAGUGGGCACCGUUUACAGGGGCUCCCCAAGGCCAUUCUGGGCAAAGGUUGGCGAGACGGUGCAGUUUGGGAGUUUCACCUCCACGUCCGCGAGCAGGGACGUGGCCGAGAUCUUCGCUGGGGGAGGGGGAGGGAGCGGGGGGACACUCUUCCACAUCCGCACGGCCAGGGGGGCCUCAGUGGAGGAGCUGUCCCCCUUCCCUCAGGAAAAGGAGGUCCUCAUCCCUCCGUGCGAGGUCUUCCGAGUUGACAAGGUCGAGAGGUCGAAGGUCAACGGCCAACCCCGUAUAGACCUCCACCUGACCUCCCUCCAGCUGUCGGGGGUCAGUGGGCCCAGAGAUCUGGGGCGAAUCUACCUCCUCACCCUCACCCUGACCCUCACCCUCGCUCAGGAAAUGUGUUAAACUGGGCAGGAGGCUGGCACUAACCGACUAACCAACACAUCAACCAGGGAUUAACCACCGGGUAGUGAAAAGGGAGUACCGCACUGUGCGAGGGUCAGUGCUGAGGGAGUGGGCACUGUCGGAGGGUCAGUGCUGAGGGAGU